AUGCCUCCACAAUCGAGUGAUUCGUCUUCCGGGGUCAACUACUGGUAUGGCAGUAACAGCCUGCCAGACGCGUUGGGAGGAUUACCACAAGAGAAUCCUAACAGCCCGCGCACGAUGCGUCGUGCAUCAGAGGCCGAGGUCCAAGCUGCAGGCUUUCAAAGUCAGGACAACUGGGAUCAGAGCCAAGGUCAACUCCACCUCGACACCUCACAAUCAAUUCUUGUGAUUCGCCCGCAAUCAGCGGCCGCGAACGCAGGACACAAAGCCCCGCUGGCACCCAAACAGGGACUUGGAGGCGCCCUUGCGAACGCUCGCGGCCAACACUCGUCUCCAAUAUCUGGCACCUAUGCUCUGCGAACCCCUCGCGGAAAGAUCACAUCUAUAGCAUGUGAAAGCUGCCGGAAGCGCAAAUCGAAGUGUGAUGGUGUUCGACCGAAAUGCAAUACAUGCCAGUCGAAGAGUCUCACUUGCGUAUACGAUGUAGCUGAGGAUGGCAAGACGACGACGCAACUGCGAGCUCACGUUAGGCGGUUAGCGAAAGAACUGGAGGACAUGAAAUCCGUAGUGUCGUUGUUGGCCAUGGCACCGGAUAGAGCUGCGGCAGCAAAUUGGGCGUCUGAGCUGGAGAAGAACGGCUUUGCGCACCAUUCGGUCGACGAAAUCAAACGGUCACUUAGGGAUUUCAACGAACGGACACCGGCCAUCCCAGAGCAAGAAUCGUUCAGUACACCAGGCAGCGAGCAGUUUGUUGGACAAAUGCCGAACUUGGGCGCGUCUUCUUACGAUGGUUCCUCACGCGAAGAAAGUCGGGAACACAGCCAAGCCGCUUUGAAUUUUGCGCCUGACACUGCAGUUGACGGUGUGACACCCAUGAAUCCAUCAUCGAUGAUCCUCGAAACGGCCAUGAACGCCCUGAACAAGUUUGGUUUCGACUGCGCAUACUACCGGAGAAUGAAACAAGACCUCCUUGCGAACGGUUGGAACGAGGUACAGCUAUUUGGGAGAUCCGAGACAGACGUAGACUCUCUGUUGUUGGGCUUCGCCGAUCCUCAGGAUACACAGCCUGUUCCGGCGUGGUGCGCACGAACAGUGAACAGGAUCCUUCCAACAGCGAAUCUUCCUGUCCGACUUGCUUCCACUUGGAUUUUGACUAAAUUGAUGCGUUGGCUAAUCUGGCCGAGCGUGGAGAACAUGAACGCAAAUCCGGAAUGGCUGAUGCCCCCCAUGGGCAAGCAGGAUGUGUCGCCACAUGAUAUUUUGAUCGACCUUGUUCCUUGGCCACAAGUACGGCGACUGUUAUACCAGCAUCCUCAAGAAUUUUCGGUCGGUCCUCUAGUCGGCGCCAUUGGUAUUACCUGGCCGUACGCGGACGACUCCUGCCACUAUUGGGACAUCGAGGCAGGCUGCACGCGCAUGACUCCACUCUUCGAAAGUACCGUAGCCGAUUUGAACAAUUGGACCCUGGAUCCCAAGAUACUCGAGAUUAUGCCGCAACUAGAAGGCAUGGUACCGAUGAAACCGGUACAAGUGUAG